CCUUCCUGUGGCCUCGACGCUCCUCGCCGCUGCGGUGAGCGCCGCGGUGCCGGCGGCCUGCCCCCUCCGCUCGCGGCGCCUCCUCGCCCGUCACCGAAUUGCCCGGCCUUGUGCAGAAAUCCCGGCUCCUGUCCCGCCUGCAGCUGUGGCCGCAGAAGGAAGGGUCAGGGCUAGCCAGUCGGUGGAAGGGCUUCGGCCGCCUGACCCGCAGCAAGCGCUGCGGAGUGCUCGUGAACUUCCAUCUCGUGAGGAAUAGAGCCCGCGAGAUGAAUUUACCCUUUAAAAUGAAAUCAGAAUAUUCUGAGUAGUCUCAGGGCUUGUUUGUUCUUAACAGUCAAGAGCCGCUGAAGCGUGUUUAUCGUGAGGUCGGUUGUGAUCUCCGUAGCAUAGUAUUCCUCCGUGCUUUGGAUAGCGUUUGCAGUUUUGCUGAUCGAAUACCAUAAGGUCACUGAAGCUUUGGAGUAAGAGUCACUGGAGCUUUGGAAGCUUUUUGGCUUCAAAGGCUAGAAAAAAAAGUACAUAUUUACUAGUACUUUUCUUACUCCUGUACUGAAAGACUAAGGACAGUGUGACUGUUAAGAGACAUUUAAAUGCUAUUUUAUCCAGUGCCUUGACAAAACUGGACAAAACUUCGUCUUAGUAUUGCAGCAGAACCUUACAAUGAAAAGUAGAGAAUUCCUGUAGAACUUAAGCAAAAAAACUCCAAAAGUAGUAAAAGUUUUAGGGAACUCUAGCUGUGAUUUGAAAGCCAAACUCUGAAAUAUAAGUGGAGAAAAUUACAGAAAGGCAGAAAAAGUUAAGUAUGGUAUAGGUUUAUAAGGUCGAAAGUUAUAACCCUCAUUCUUCCCAGCACAGUCACGGGCUUGCACGUAUCACAUGGUUGCAGCACGUGUUUACAGUUUGGGUUCCUGAACAUUGUGUGAAUAACUGGUGAGGGAAAUAUAACAGCAUCAAAGCACAUCUUAAAAUCCUAUAUUUUAUUUUUCAAUAGCCUGUUUCUUGGGUUUUGUUUUAUUUUAGCUGUGGAGUUGCCCUCUAUUUUUUGUUGCCUUGUUUACACUUUUUUUUUAAAAAAAAAUUCUUCCUCUGUUGCAUUAACAUAAUGCAUUUCAUCUGGGGAAGCCACUGAUAUAGACGGAAUAUAAAAAUGUUACAUUAGGGGCUUUGGGGGGUUUUAGGUCUGAGGUGUUGAACAGUCUCUGGUCUUUCACUCCUACCUGUGUACUGGUCAGUAAUCUAUGGUAAGUGGAUGAUAUAGUCCAAGUAUUGUUUCAGUAAUGUUUAUACAGCUAAAUUCACAUGUAGAAGAGCUCCAUUAAAAAUAAUAAUCCUUGAAUUUUAAGAAGUUACUGUCUUAGUUUUUCUCACAGAACCUCUGCUACUAUAAAAAUGCCAUACUAUAAAAUGGGAUUUUUGUGGAUAAAAUGGGAUUCCUAGGGCAUUAAUUAGCUGUCAAUACUGCCUGUCAGAAUUGACUAAGGCUGAGUUUUGAAUAGUCUCUGUGAGCAUGGUGUGGGUAAGUUGCAGCUCCAGGACUGCAGGAGUUCUCUUCCUUCUUUCAAAUGCCUCUCUGUGAUUUGUAGUGUGGAGUUGGAAUAAAAUCUUAAGCAGUGUCAGGUGUGGAAUUGGAGAAGCACUAACAUUACCACAAGAUUCAUUUUUCUUUCAGCCUGCAACAUCACUUUGGAGGCUGGGCAUAGGUCACAGUAACACAGCUGGGCUGUGUAGAGUCUGUACUGGGGACAGCCCAGGUAGCCCAAGAGCUCUGCAUCCUGGAAGGUCUCCCCUCAAAGCUGAAUUUGCCAUGGGAAACCCUUUCUUCAGCAUGCUUUAGAGCCCUGUGAGCUGUAUGGGAGAAGGGCAUAGGAGGGAAGCUCUAAACUUCCCUAGAGGUGGAAAGAUAUUUUGCAGAUACUCUUACUGUUUUUUGAAAAAAAUCCCACAAACUCAAAACAAAAAAAACACAAGCAAUAAGCUUCUCCACCUAAACAAGGAGAACAACUGGUUAUUUAUUUUUAUCUAGUUUUUGUCAUGCUGCAUAUCAGCACUCUUCAUAAUACUAAGGCCACUUGCAUUUUUUUGCCAAAAUCCAAGCUUUGUCCUUCAGCGCGCAGCAGAAGGAACGUGACUAUAAAAGUAGUUCCUUUCAAGCAGACCUGGUAGUGGAGAACACACUCACUGUGGCUUUUCUCCUCCCACAACACUGCUUUAAUCAUGUACAUCCAGCAGAUUUGCCUGUCCCUUUUCUGGGAGCUCUCUGUAAGGGCUCUAGCAAGAGCAGCUUUGUGGCUUGAAAGCAAACUGCACAAUGUGGAGUUUGACAGCUUCUGUCACGUGUCAAACACUAGGUGACUGCCACUGCAGGUUGACUUCUCCUCAUGACAUGGCAUGUGCAGAAGAGCUUUGGAGUCCUUCCUAGUAAACAAGGCUCUGUUCUUCCUGCAGGUUGUGUUUGCUUCAUAAGCACCUACUAAAGCUGAGUUUGUGCCAGUUUUGUACUCUUGAACUGUGUGUGUAGUUGGAUGAAGUUCAUGCUUUGCACUCAAAGGAAGGCUUAUUUUUUGCAGCAGCUUCAAAUGUAUCUGGCUCAGGCCAGACUUAAAAAUGACCAAAGUGGAAAAAAAUUCUAAAAGAACAGAUUGCAUAAAGGAAGUGUUUCCAAGUUAGUUAGGAACGAGACCUAUUUGUCAGUGUCUUGGGCUUUGACAGAACUUGAUAUGAAAAAGGAGGACCUUCUUUAAAACUGUUGAGCAAGACCUUGGAACAACCAAUGGGAAUAACACAGAGUGGAGGAAAGAAAGUGUAGAAAAGAUCUUUGAAGUGUUUUCAGAAGAACUGUCUUUAUCUGGGUGUAGAUUUUAUGUGUGUGUGUGUGUGUAUAUAAUUUAUAUGAUACGAUAUUUUCACAUUCAAUAACAAAGUGGCCUGUUCCAUUGCUGACUGCUGGAAGAAAUGGAAGACUGCAAAAGGCUCCCAAACCAUCUCCUUUGCUACUCCUGCACUUACUGAGAAAAAUCUGCUGAAAGGCAUUUCCUGUUUUUUUCUCUCCUUUUUUACCUUCAGGUUUCUCAAGGGUGGACUCAAAUACUGUCCAAAAAUAGAAAAGCUUCUUAUUUUAUAAAUACUAGAAAGUAAACUGAAUUUGUGUCAGUUUGUUUUCAUUGGUCGCUUUUCGUCUUUUGAUUGUAUUUAAAUACUUAAUUGAUUUCCUCCUUUCAGGAAACCUCAAAGUACAAAUGAACAAAUGUGGAAAUAACCUUUGUUGAAAGGUUGUUCUCUAAAAUCAUUGAAUGGCUUUUCAUCUUUUCCUGGUAUGGUUUUUCUGAAGCCGCUUUGUUGAGGUUUUAUUUGCCUAAUUUCCCACAUGAUGGAAUGAAUCUAGUCUUCACCAGCAUGGAUAUGUAGACAUUUUCAAGAUGGUUAAGAGCUGUGGUGAAGAACCAAGUGGAAUGGCAAGAGGAAGCAGAUACUUCUGCUGACAUCUGAUUUGUAUGUUAGAAAGAUGGUUUCCUGACAGAAGAGUGCAUUAUUGUUUUUAACAGCAGAUCUUUAUUAAAUGUGCCGUCAGUGGUGGUUUUGGAAAGAUGAGAAAGGACCCACUGUGGGGCAACUCAUUGAAGCUAAAGAUGAUUGAUCAUGAUAAAUGAUUCAAACACUAACAACACUUGAAAUGUUCUGCUUAAAGUCUAUUGCUUCACAGUUAUGUCAAGAUGCAGAUUCAGUGUCUAGUUAACUGGAAGACUGCUCAAUCUGUCAGCCACUUGAAAAGAAGAAAGACAUCUAGAAAAUGCUUUCCUGUUUGCAGUUUCUGUUUGGUCUAUCCCAGUUAGGAGAGUUUUUUGGUGAUUUUUAAGCUUGGUGCUGUCAGCCCCAUGUGAACUAACCAGAACAAAAAGUACUCUGGGUAUUAGAAAACAAAAUGCCACGAAAGAGGAAAACUGGUGGGAGUCCUUCUCAGAAGAAUGGCAAUUCUGACAGAACUGCUGGUGCUGUAUUCCAGGGGCACUUAGUGGCACAAGCAAUGCAUUAUGUCAAUAAGGAAGAGCUCUUCAACAGCAUGUCAGAGAUGUUUUCUGACCUAGAUCCUAGUGUGGUUUAUAUGGUUCUGUCUGAAUGUGAUUUUAAAGUAGAAAAUGCUAUGGAUCAUCUUCUAGAGCUGUCUACCCAUGCCAAAGGAGUAGCAUCUUCAAAAACCUUGGGUUUUGAUUUAGCAGCAUCAUCAUUACCUCUUGUUAAUCAGCAAAGAUCUAUUGCAAAUGAAAGAAUGGGGGAAGGUACUGCAGCACAUAGUUAUUGUGGAGCAGCAUUAGAAAAGGUCCUGUCACCUGGCGUGCAGCUGACUGGAGAACUGGAUUCCUUACUAGAAACUACCUUCCAGAGUUACAGCUUGGGUGAAGAGUUGCCUGAUUCUGCAAAUGGCCAAAUAGUACAUGAGCGCCCUGUGGAACACGAUGGUUUUACUGAAUUUUCUGAAUGGGAAAAAUCUGAUUCAGUUUGCAAUGUCCUACUGUUUCCACAGCAAGCAGAGACAAAUAAUGAGGUUUUAGAAAACUUCUGCUGUUCCCAGCCACCAGUGAGUCAGCUGAGCAUCCAGACAAGCUCACCAUCUGCAUCAGACAGUUUUGCACAGAUACUGGAAGAUUCUGAUUUGUUUGAAGUACAUGUUCACCAUGAUGUGGAUUCAGAAGUACAUAAACUAUCAAAUGGAGAAAUACUGUGUGCAAAUUCUGAUCAGACACAAGAUACUGUUUUGGAUCAAAGUAGUGUGACUCCUGCUUCUUGUGGGUCCUCCCAAAGACCUGUGGAACAUGGAGUAGCUGUUACUGGAGAUCCUGAUUCAAGGUGCCUGGAACAAGAUGAAGAUGCAGUGACUGCCUUAAGCAGCUACCAGAGUGCUUCUCUUUCAGAGGCGUGUAUCUCUCCUGAGACAUCCAGUUUCAAAACACAAAAAUCUGCAGAUAUUCAGCAGACUCAGCAGGGUUAUAACUUAAAUUUUCCUACACCAUCAGGUCAAUCUCAGCAACACUGGAAUCUUAUGGCUCCCGUGUUUUAUCCAUCCAGUGGAAGUCACAGCUUUGUAAUUCCUGUGGCUGCCAGUCCAGGGCAGUGGGGACCUGUUUCUGACUAUAGAACUUCGGAAAAAGGACUUUUUCUUUCCUCCCCAGUGGUUUCAAAUGCCUGGGAUGGCAACCCUUCUCUGAAGGUAUGGGGAAGUCAAGAUAGAAACUCAAAAUUGAACCUCUCGCAAGCACAGCAACCACGUGUUUGUCACAUGAUGAAAAAAAAGAUGCAACUUAUAGGUCAAGUACUUGUUCUUCUCAGAGGUGUUCCAGGAUCAGGAAAAUCAUAUUUGGCAAGGAGUUUGCUUGAGGAUAACCCUGAUGGAAUCAUUCUUAGUACUGAUGAUUACUUUUACAAACAUGGACAAUACCAUUAUGAUCCUGAUUGCUUAGGGGAAGCACAUGACUGGAACAGGAAACGAGCCAAAGAAGCGUUUGAAAUGAGAAUCUCUCCUAUAAUAAUUGACAACACAAACAUACAAGCAUGGGAGAUGAAACCUUAUGUUGCUUUGGCUCAGCAGUUCAAAUACAAAGUAAUGUUCCGAGAACCAGACACUUGGUGGAAGUUUAAACCAAAAGAACUUGAAAGGAGAAACAUUCAUGGUGUAUCUAAAGAAAAGAUUAAAAGAAUGUUGGAACGUUAUGAACGCUGCCUUACUGUAAGAUCAAUAUUGGAUUCUUCAGUUCCAGACAAAUCAGAAGCUGCUGGUUGGAGUGAAGAUUCUUGUCAGGAGGAAAGCCAGAGAAAGAGAGAGGCACAUUCAGAUAUAAAGGAAGAAGAAUGUUUUGCUUCUGAGGUGGAUCCUAUUGAAUUAGCUGAAGUUGAUAAAACUUCUCCCCAUGCUUCUUUAAGAUUAGAAAGUAGUUGUGAUCCUGAGCAUUUUCAGAAAGAGGAAAAAGAAAUGGAAAAUAACUCAGUGGAACACAAUUCUGAGAACAGCACUGUUUUAGAUGACUUGGAAAUUAAUUUAUCAGAUGGCAUCCAAAAAGAGCUGCCUUUGGAGAAGAAAGAAAAAAAGGGAUUAAAACCAGAAAAAAAUACUGAAGCAGAAAUGGAUGAGGUUGGUGUGAUCUCAGCUGAAGAAACUGUGAACUUACACACAGGUGGAGCUGAGGAACACAGUGAUAACAGCAGUCUCGAAGUUCAAACUGCAGCUGAACAACUGGAACCAAAAUCAACACAAAUGAGUAACACAGUGCAACCAAGCAGUUUGGCUUUUGAUGCAUCUGGAAAACCAGAACUACUAAACUUUCUGGGUGACUGGCCCAUGGAACAAACAAUGGGACAGAGAGUCAAAAGAUCUAGAAGACUAGAAAAAUCUCCUCUGAAGAGUGAUAAGGAAGGUGAAACUCCCAGUCAGCAGCAUUCUGAGAUAGGUAAAGAGCAAGUGAGCCUGCCUGAGACAUACACUUCUGAGAAAGGACAUGAGAAUGAAAAUCUACCUUGUAGCUGUGUUAGUUCAGAUGAGGUUACACCAGAAUUGCAAAUGUUAGGGUAUUGGCCUGUCUCAGCCUCAUUAGAACAGAGACAACAAAGGUCAAGGAGAGUGAGAAAGACAAAUUUAAAUCAGUAUGAUGAAGACAAAAAUACUGAAGACAGCAUUAAUAUGAAUGCUCUUGAAACUGUGCAUGUGAUUCUUGGGUCAUCUGUGAACACUGAAGAGCAACUAGAUAAAAGGAAUUUACCUGUGCACCAAGAGGAAAUAGCAGCUAGUGAAACAGUAAGUGAGGAAAAAUCCCAGCAAAGUAAGAGAACAAGGAAACAUCACAAAUUAGCCCUCACUUUUACGAACAGCAGCUUGCUGCAUCCCAGAGAAGAGGACCACUUGUCUAAACUUAAUGUGGCAGAAGAGAUACAGGACAUAAACUUAAGUAGGCAAAAAAGUUGCCAUUCACAGACUGAAUCACAGGACUUUGCUCUCCUUUGGAGACUAGAGAAGAAAAUGCUUUUUCCUGAGACAACAAAAAUAUUGCAUGGCAGGCUAGAUGGCUUCAAACCCAAAGACAUGGAUAAUGCCUCGGAUUCUCAGGAAAAAAUACCCUAUCGAGUUAUGUAUGAUAAAAGUACUUUUGUGGAGGAAAGUGAACUUAUCAAUAUUGAUGAGUCUGAAAAACUAGAUACGCUCUGUAAACUCUUUGAGUCUGUUUCAUUUGAAGCUUUGAAAGAUUUGUAUGAAAGAUGUAACAAAGAUAUAGACUGGGCCACAGGUCUACUGUUAGACUCUGAUGAAAAGGUAUGUAAAGCUAUUGACACUGAAAGCUUUCAGGUAAGUGAAGCCGAGCCAGUGGUCGCAGACCUUGAUUUCAAGGCAAGUACAAACUAUGAUGAAAAUCUCAAAGACUGCAAACAAACCCCACAAGUUUUUGGGACUGGUGAUAUCUUUGAGGCUUUAGAAGGCAAGAACUCAUCACUCAGCAUUGCAGAAAGUAGGGCUGCCAAGAUAGCUGUGACAAGUACUGAUGUGUCUGACUCAUACACUGCUACCUCAUUGGAUAAUUCAGUGGAACUGAAAAAUUCUGUGGAUUCAGCCCCUAGAACUGACACAAGCAACUCAGCAGCAGGUGUCAUUGAGCUGUCCAUUUCAGGAAAGCAGAAGGGAGAGAGUGAGAGUCCUCUUGAAGAAAUUGUAAAUAAACCAUCACUUUCACAACUUGAUGCAGGUUUGCCUCAUGAUCCUAACAUAACUUCUACCAAUUUGACAUCUGAAUUAAACAAUGAAAGUGACAGUAACCCUUCAGAAAGCAGUGCUGAAAAUUCCAAAGGGACUGGUUUGUUACUGGAAAUGGAUCGUGCAUCUCUGGUUGGUCCUAGGAGCAAUAAAGAACAGGAGAUGGAUAAAGAAACUCAGAAGAAUUCCAGGGAGAUAGGUGGUAAAGAGGAAAUUAAAACUCCAAGCUGUCCUGCAACUAAAGCCAAGAGACAAAGCCCUAUACCAGCAUCACAUGCAGCCUUCAGUAUAGAUUGCCUAGAACUAACAUUGCCUCCUGAACUGGCACUCCAGCUGAAAGAGAUAUUUGGACCUGUUGGCAUUGAUGCAGGAUCACUAACUGUUGAGGAUUGUGUGGUUCAUAUUGAUCUGAAUUUGGCAAAAGUGAUUCAUGAAAAAUGGAAAGAAUCUAUUCUGAAGCGUCAGAGGAGAGAUGAAUCAUGUAAGUUGUCUGCAGAAGUGAUUCAGCAGAUAGAUACAGAUGACUCGGAAGUGCUGUUAUCUCAGAAUGCAGACAGCAAAAUACAGAAUAAAAAAUCGAGCUCGGCUGCAGACACAUCUAAUGAUAUACAGACAAAAACCCCAGCAACAUCAGACGUUUUUCCAUUUAUGGACCACUGGAAUGCUCAGAUUCAGAAAGUUUCUCUCAGGCAAAUAAUUUCUGAAGAAAUAGCGAUGCAGGAGAGAGAGGACCUGAAUCGUGUUCCUUCUACAGCUAGAAAAGACUGUGCUGCUAAACUAAAGGAGAAGCAACUUUUUGAGAUGUUUCCAACUAUUAAUCAAAAUUUCUUAAUGGAUGUGUUCAGGGACAACAACUACUCUUUAGAGCAAACUGAACAGUUUCUGAACUGUGUUCUGGAGGCAGAUCCUGUAAAAACAGUUAUAGCGCAAGAAAGUGUUCAGCAAAAUGAAAUUGUUUCUUCCUACAGUGCUUCAAAGAACCGUGAGAAGAAGGCAAAAAAAAGUAAGGAAGAGGAUGAUCCUUUAUGUGAAAUGUUUCAAGACUUUGAGUAUCCACAGUAUGAUGAUUUAAGAGCAGAAGCUUUUUGUCACCAGCAGAAGAGACAGGAAUGUUUGAAAAAGGCUGGGGAGGCCUAUCGCAUGGGUAUGAAGCCUGUGGCAGCAUUUUAUGCACAUCAGGGUCGCCUUCAUGAGCAGAAGAUGAAAGAAGCUAACCAUGCUGCUGCUGUGCAAAUCUUUGAGAGAGUAAAUACUUCCUUGCUGCCUAUGAAUGUGUUGGAUUUGCAUGGUCUUCAUGUGGAUGAAGCUGUGAAUCAGUUGUCCAGAGUGCUGCAGGAAAAAAGUGAAGAGUACCAGCAGACUGGUGGUAAACCAUAUCUCAGUGUUAUCACGGGAAGAGGAAGCCAUAGUCAGGGAGGAGUUGCUCGCAUCAGACCAGCAGCUAUCAGAUACCUCACAAGCCACAACUUCAGGUUCACAGAAAUAAAACCAGGCUGCCUGAAAGUCAUGUUGAAUUGAGAAGUUUUGGAAAGAGGAAUAUAGAAACUGAGGUGUCAUAUGACUGCCGGGUAACAGAAAAAAAGCAUGUUUUGAACAACUGCACUGGUAUUUUGUAAUCUGUUUUAAAGGAUGAUAUUUUAUUGGAACUGGUCUCAAUUUAGAGCAAGUGAAUUUGUCAGUAUGUUUCCAAUAAAUUUUUGUGUGAAACAGAUCCUUUUUUGAACCUGCAUAAGGAAGAUAUUAAAAGGAUUUGAAAUUCUCAGAAAUGCAGAUUAAGAAUUUUGCUGAGAAAUAUACUAUGUUUUUAAGGAAAGUUAAGGUACAGUUUUUAAUACAACUGUCUUCUUAGCAUAUCUGCUCUGCCUUUUGACCCUUGCACAUUUUGAUUGCUGUGGCUUCUGUACCUCUAAAACAUAUUAUCCUGUUCAAAGUUAUUUUGUAAUUCAGAACCCGAAUGUGCUAAACCCUUCAGAAGAGCAAAGAAGAGGCUGAAACUGAGCAACUACCGGUAUUGCAAAUCCAGUUACGUCUGAGUGCUGAGUAUUUCCAAGUUUCUUUAAAAAUCUGGUGUCUUUUUAGUGGUUAUGUUAUGAUGGGUUAACCAGUUCUGUUAUACUUACUUAACUCUAAACUUCUCCAAAUAUUGAAGGAAGCUGCAUAUAUGGCCUAUUCCUGAAGGCCAGCCAUGUGUUUGGUAAUUUGGCAGAUUCAGUUUGAUCUCUUAAAGGGAAAAUGCUGUUAUUCAAUCUCUUUUGGAGAUCCGCCUACUGGAUUAAAAUAGUUUCUUUGUGGCUUUUUAAAUGCAGCAAAUGGAGUACUGUUUCACUUUACAAGUGUCUAAUAAUGAUGUCUUCAUUCUCUGUGUAUUGUUUGGUGAUUUCCUUGUAGAAAAUAUAAUCAUGAGACAUUUUCAAUGUAUUUUUAACAUCAAAGUGAAUGCUAAUAUUGCAAUAGUAAUUACCUAACUGGAAUAUCUGGGAGUACAAAAGUUACUCUGAUUUUGGUAGUGUUGCAUCAGCAUCUAGAAAUACCUGUUUAAAAAACUAAAACAAUAUAAAAAACCCAAACAAAACCCUUCAAAAAUUAAUUAUAAACAUCUGUACUUAUGCAAGUUUCCAGUAAACAAUCAGACCACUUUUUUAAUAGAAAUAUCUUCUAGAAUGCAUUGCUAUUUUUAUUUACAUCUUUGCCUCCUGAAAGGCAAAUGAAUUUUUGUUCUAACGGUUUUUCAGAGCAGGUGUGAGUUGUGUAUUAGGAAUAAUAUUAAUAGAUUAAGGAUUGAUGUGAGGAGUUUUUUAAUUUUUAACCACUUUGCACUAAAUUUUAUCCAGGAACUACAUGCACAUAGAGUUUGUAUAUGAACCCAUAUGUGUGUGCAAGUUCUGCAAUUUGUAUGCAUGAGUACUAAUAAACAAAGAACUUCUGUGAGAAAAGCUGUCCACAGAAAUAGGUUUCACUUGAAAAUGUGUCUGUAAUAAGUUGCUGACAGGCUGAAAGACAUGAUGUUUCCUGAAUAUAUCUGUAUUUACUCUAAUACAUACACAGUGAAUAUGAUGCAUGGUAGACUUAAAAAUGAGUUUGUCGUGCUUCAAUGGUAAUCUUUUCCAGGUGAUUUCAAGUGGAAGAAUAGCUUGAAUUAUACUUAAUCAAAGGGACUUUUUCUAUAAUAGACUGCCAUAAUAAGUUUUAUAUCUUUUUGUGGGUAGUUAUUUCAUCUGAAUUGUGUCCUUUCUCUGUUUCCUUCUCUCUGCACUGCUCUGGGAAUCAGUGGGUGAAAUACAAAAGAUCUGUGGUCCCCAAACAGCACUAACAGAGCUGUCUCUGACACUGCAUGAUGUCCUGUGUGGUGAAACCCACACUCCAUCCUCUGUGACAAUGCCCAAAAUGGACUGAGAGGCCAUUUAGGCACUUGGCCUCAAGACACUAGUUCAGACCAUCAGCUGUACAGGGUUGCAAAUGCUAGAAUUGUCUCAGCCGAGCCAAAAUCUUUGUUUUGGACCAAGAAACUUCCUUCUGUUCCUGAACAGGGUUUCCUUAGGGCUGCUGUUUAUAACAAAUGGAAUUGCAGCUCUCUGGGACAGCUCUUUCCAGUGUAGUCCCUGUUGGUUGGCUUGGGUGGCUGCUGUGUGUUGAGCUGCUUGGGUGCCCAAGCCCUACAGAGAUGUGCCUGUGAACAAGGAAUUGCCAACACUUCUGGUUGUUUUGGGAGGCAGCCUGAUUCACUCAGCAUAUUCACACCAUUCCCAACAUGGACAAAGACAGCUUAGAUUUUAGUUCAAAAGACAAGCAGAAGUUGUCGUCUUGCCCAUCUGUUCAUCAUAAUCUAGUUGACAACUUUACCCUGGAGAUGAGAAACACAGCUUUUUGCCUUCUUCUGGCUUAGCAAGUGAAUGAUGAUGAUUGCACUUGACUCUCACUUCCUCAGAAAAUACUCUGACCAAUGUGCUCAGGAAUAUUUUUGAAGUUGCUGCUUCCUGAGCCUCUUUCAAAAUUACCACUGCACACUAAAAUUGCAAGCUAAAGGGGACAUAAGAGAUUAAAGAAUUAAAAGUGCAUAAACAGUCUCUGGAAGUGGGUUAGGACUUUUCAGAAAGGACCUGUUCCUGGUGAGCUUCAGUGUCCUUUCAUAUUAUUUUUUCAUCCCUUAGUCCUAUUUGGAUAAAUACAUUAAAAAUGUUCAGGGUAAAAUCAGCUCUACCUAGUGCUGGGAGAAUUUUUCUCCAGUCUGUCAAAGUCAGCAGAGAAAUAAACAGAAAUAAAGUUUAGAAUACUUUUCUCUCUCCCUUUCUUCAUUCGCCUUCAUGGGGUAGAGGUUGAGGUUCACUAACAUUCUCUGAAUGCCCUGCCCAGUGUAGAUUGGUCAUUCACCUAGAAUCUGAACUUUGAUGGAGAUGAUAGCUUAAAAUCAUAACACUGGCAGAACCAAUCUUGCCUCUAUUGAAAAUGACAGAGCCUCUACCAGCUUCAGCAACUCAAAACCAGGCAUUGCAGUUCUGACUCAGAGAAAAUACAAUGAUUCUCUGAAGGAUCUCGAGCAUGUGCUUAAAAGUUGUGCUGAGCUGGAUACAGAAUAGGCUAGAAAAUCAGUGCACAGAGUAAAGAUAAGUAGAGUUUUAUCAGUAAGGAUCUCCAUGCCUUCAGCUACUUGCCAAUAUUUCAGAAAAACAACACUAUUUCUGUGAUUUUAUAAUGUAUUCUGAGAUUAAUUCUUUGAAAUAUAAUUAUUUCAAAAUGGUAUUUCAAAGUAGGUUGCAUUUUAGAAAUUCCAGCCUUUCUGAUGUCUCUUGCAUCUCAUCUUACAUUGGUGAGAAUCCAUGAGAAUCUUGAGGUAUUGUGUAAAUUGUGUAUAUUGUACUUAAAAUUAAAAUAGCAGUAUUGCCACCAGCACUCUGAAAUAAUGUGUGACUGUUAAAAUACCUAUUUUGUGUACCACCUUCUAUUCUAUUCAACAGCAUGUGAUUGUGAUGAAUGGUAGCCUUUAAUAUGUGAAUUGUUGUGUCUUCUUUUACAAAACAUUUUAAUAGGUACCCCUUUUUAAUUUAGGAAAAUUAUAAUUUUUUAAUAUACAAAAUUAAUGCUCAUGCUAACAUUGAUGAGUGAUCUUAGUUAAAAUAAAGAAAAGGCCAGAGGUGCAAUGAAGAAAGUCGUCUGAAGUUAUGAGACGGUUAAAAAGUAUUUCAGUUGAUUGUGAAAGUAGUAGGGCAAAAAUUUAUUUUCAAAAAUAUUUCAGGAUACCUUGACAAUACCUAAUGACUUUGGCUUUUGCUUUUGAUAUCAUGUGGUACAUCCCCCCUCAAAACCCAACUGAAGCCCAACUGUUCAGGCUAUUUCAGCUAAAUAAACUCUGCAGAGGAUUAAAUGACUAGAUGUGAAUAUGCAUGUGAAAAAACCUAGUAUUGCAGCUACCAAUUGUAAAAGCUGUUAGGACCAGUACAUUGGAAGAUACAAAUUUCUAUUUUUAAACUAAAAUAAAAAAUGAUUUUUUUAUUUGUAUAAAGUUGUACUUUUGCUGUUAACUAUAAUUUUGUUUUUUACUGAAAUAGUUUUGUAAUUUGCAUUUAAAAUUUCUAAUAUGAAAAGGAAUUUACAAAAUCUAGUUUAAUAAAGGAUUUUUGUCACAA